AUGGCGGCCCGCUACGGCGCGGGGCAGUACGAGGACGCCUUCAGCCACCGCCUGCAGAACUGGAGCGUGCCCCGGCCCGGCCGGCAGCACCCCUCACUGCGGGAGGGCUCCACGCCGAUCGUCGCCGAUGACCGGGGGCACCUGCUCCCCACCGUGCCCCGCUCCCAGGCCUCCCCAUGGGGCACAUUUGUGGGGACCUGGGACAUGCCGCCGAGGAUUCCCCCAGCCAGGCUGGACCUGACCUCCCGCUCGGCCGCCGCUGCCGCGCGGCUCAUUGACUGGAUCCACCAACCCACCGCCCUGACCAGCGCCUGCAACGGCCUCCAGACGGAGAUCACCGGGAAGCCGCAAGAGCCUCCGUCGGACACGCAAACCGCCAAGGAGCCUGGCCGAAGGAGCAGUCGGGCAUCCAGCGAGGGCAUCCAGCCCGCCGGGCCCCCUCCCGGAGCACCGCUGGAGGAGCUGCCUGGCCCCGGAGCAGAAGCCCCGGCACCGCUCUCCUCUGCUCCCGGCCUCUCCCGCAAACCACCCACCCCUUCGGACGUGCAUGCAAACAGAAAACACCUUCCUAUGCCUAAGGGUGAGGAAGGGGAAGGCGUCAAAGGAGCCUGA